GUGAUUGAGGACUUCUACAACCGUACCUGGCUGUACCGAUACGAGGAGCCCAUCAGCCCUGCCACCCUCACCACGCUCUGGUCCCUCUCCGUUGCCAUCUUCUCCGUCGGAGGCAUGAUCGGAUCCUUCUCUGUGGGGCUCUUUGUCAAUCGCUUCGGACGGCGCAACUCCAUGCUGGUGUCCAAUGUUCUUGCCUUCGUGUCCGCUGUCCUCAUGGGUUUCUCCAAGAUGGCUUUCUCCUUCGAGAUGCUCAUCCUUGGCCGCUUCAUCAUUGGCCUCUACUCCGGCCUCACCACCGGUUUUGUGCCCAUGUACGUUGGCGAGGUGUCACCCACCGCGCUGCGGGGCGCGUUGGGGACCUUCCACCAGCUUGGCAUCGUCUUGGGCAUCCUUAUCGCGCAGGUGUUCGGUUUGGACUUGAUCAUGGGAAACGACUCACUCUGGCCGCUGCUCCUGGGGUUCAUCUUCGUCCCCGCCCUGCUGCAGUGCGUCAUCCUGCCCUUCGCCCCCGAGAGCCCCCGCUUCCUCCUCAUCAACCGCAACGAGGAGAACAAAGCCAAGAGUGUCCUCAAGAAGCUGCGGGGCACGACGGACGUCAGCAGUGACCUCCAGGAGAUGAAGGAGGAGAGCCGGCAAAUGAUGAGGGAGAAGAAGGUGACCAUAAUGGAGCUCUUCCGGUCCCCCAUGUAUCGCCAGCCCAUCCUCAUCGCGAUCGUCCUGCAGCUGUCCCAGCAGCUCUCGGGGAUCAACGCGGUCUUCUACUACUCCACCAGCAUCUUCGAGAAGGCAGACGUGGAGCAGCCCGUCUACGCCACCAUCGGCUCCGGUGUGGUGAAUACGGCUUUCACAGUCGACCAAAUGCCCUGGAUGUCCUACCUCAGCAUCGUGGCCAUCUUCGGGUUCGUGGCCUUCUUUGAGAUCGGUCCAGGCCCCAUCCCCUGGUUUAUCGUGGCAGAACUGUUCAGCCAAGGCCCUCGUCCCGCUGCCUUCGCCGUCGCCGGGCUGUCCAACUGGACCUCGAACUUCAUCGUGGGCAUGGGCUUCCAGUACAUCGCACAACUCUGCGGCUCCUACGUCUUCAUCAUCUUCAUGGUGCUGCUAUUCCUCUUCUUCAUCUUCACCUACUUCAAGGUGCCGGAGACGAAGGGUCGGACCUUCGACGAAAUCGCCUCGGGUUUCCGUCAGGGGGGAGCGAGCCAGAGCGACAAAACCUCGGAUGAGUUUCACAGCUUGGGCGCCGACUCCCAGGUCUAACCCGCCCGCGGCCCCGCCCGGCUCCGCCCGGCCGCCCACCUGCUCCCCUGAGUUUGGCGGGUUUUGUUUUUUUAAAAUACUUUGUACAGAAACCAGGAAGGCGGGAGCGGGGCGUCCGGCUCUUCUGCAUACACCCCUCUUCCAGACUCCCCCACUGGUUUAUCGGGGACAGACUGACCUAUUUUAUUAUUAUUAUUAUUAUUUUUUUGUUCUGCUAGGACCGAUUUUUUUUUUUUUAGCUGGUUUCGCGUCCAGGAUUUCAAAGCCAAUAGAUGUUUUAAAAACCAACCGCGCAGCCUCCGCCAGCGGGAGGGCGGCUCCCUCUUUUAACGACGCGAUAGGUUAUUUAACGAGAAAUCACGUAGCGGAAGUUUUUAAAGCUGGAAACACGGGGGAUUUUUUUAACGUUCUAAUCGUAGAAAAAUCACGUAAAUUGACUAAAUCUAAACCAACAAUUUAUUAUUUUUUUUUUAAAAACACAAAACAAGAAAACGAGUUAUUUUUUAAAGCAGCCUGAUUGAUUUCAAGCCCCCGGUGGGUUCGCGGAUGGGGCCUUCCCCGCCCCGGGGGAGCGCUGAGGACGGA